AAACGCCGACUUGGAAGAAGAAGAAGAAGAAGAAGCUCACACGUGUUUACAACAUGUCUGCCUGACUGGGCUCCACGCUCCUCCGACGAACAUGAACUCUUGUAACUAAACAUUUUAUUCUAUUAACUCGUCCCCUAAAAACUUCAGAGGAACAACUAAAACGUCAGUAUGGCGCAGAGGAAGAAGAGGCUGACCAAAAAGAAGAGAAGAGAGCCGGAGGUGGAUUCUGACGGUGGAGAAUUCGAAGUGGCUGCUGAAAUAAAAAACGAUGAUUCUCCAGGAAAAAAACUGUUGCGGUUCCCUGCCGCGUCUGACUGCUUGUCAGAUGUGGAGCCUGACACCAGGGAGCUUGUCCGAGCCCAGAACAAGAAGAAGAAGAAGUCUGGAGGGUUUCAAUCCAUGGGACUCUGUUACCCGGUAUUCAAAGGAGUCAUGAAGAAAGGGUACAAAGUCCCAACCCCAAUCCAAAGAAAGACUAUCCCAGUUAUUUUGGACGGCAAGGAUAUCGUAGCCAUGGCACGGACAGGCAGCGGAAAGACGGCCGCCUUCCUGGUGCCCAUGUUUGAGAAGCUUAAGGCACCGCAAGCCCAGAUGGGCGCCAGGGCUCUCAUCCUUACCCCCACCAGAGAGCUGGCCCUACAGACCAUGAAGUUCACAAAGGAGUUGGGUAAGUUCACCCGCUUGAAGACUGCCUUGGUCCUUGGUGGAGACAGAAUGGAGGAUCAGUUUGCUGCACUGCACGAAAACCCUGACAUAAUCAUUGGUACUCCGGGUCGUCUCAUGCACGUCGUCCAGGAAAUGAACCUCAAGCUGCAAAACGUGGAGUACGUGGUGUUUGACGAGGCGGACAGGUUGUUUGAAAUGGGCUUUGCCGAGCAGCUCCAGGAGAUCAUCCGCAGGCUUCCUGACACUAGACAGACUCUGCUUUUCUCCGCCACUCUGCCCAAAAUGCUGGUGGAGUUUGCGAGAGCUGGGCUGACUGAACCUGUACUCAUUCGUUUGAACGUGGACUCCAAGCUCAGUGAUCAGAUCAAGCUGUCUUUCUUUAAUGUACGAAUGGACGACAAGCCGGCUUUACUCCUCCACCUCCUGAGAAAUGUCGUCAAACCUCAGGAGCAGACGAUUGUCUUCGCAGCCACUAAACAUCACGUGGAGUACCUCAAAGAGCUGUGUUCGUCAGAAGGCGUGGAAUGCGCGUACAUCUACAGCGCCCUCGAUCAGACGGCCAGAAAGAUCAACAUCGGGAAGUUUGUCCACCGCAAAGCCAUGGUGCUCAUCGUGACGGAUGUCGCCGCUCGCGGUAUAGACAUCCCCAUGCUGGACAACGUUAUCAACUACAACUUUCCCUCCAAGUCGAAGCUCUUCUUGCACAGAGUUGGUCGCGUGGGUCGAGCGGGGCGCAGCGGCACAACCUACAGUAUGGUUUGUCCCGACGAGAUGCCUUUCGUGUACGACCUGCAUCUCUUCCUCGGGAGGCCGGUUCAGCUCGCCACAUCGGAGCACACCCCAGAUACAGAUGGCGUGUUUGGUCGCGUCCCUCAGAGCAUCCUGGACGACCAAAGCAGCAACCUGAUUGCAGCGCACAGCGACUCCCUGGAACUGCAAAACUUGCACCGGAUCUCUGAGAAUGCCUACAAGCAGUACCUCAAGUCUCGACCUAACCCCUCUGCAGAGUCCAUCAGACGAGUGAAAAACAUGAAUCUUUCCUGCAUGGCCGUUCAUCCCUUGCUGGGUUCUGCUUUGGAGAAAACUGAACUGGAGCGCCUUCAGAUAGUCGACGCCAUCAAGGUCUACAGAUCCAAAGCAACCAUCUUUGAAAUCAACUCAACCUGCAAGACGUCUGCCAGCGAGGUGAUGAGAAACAAACGCUCUAAAGACUCCAAGCGGGUGGACAAAUUUAGCAGGGACAGAGAAAGUCUGGCUGUAGAAGGAAGCCUUCAUCGGACCACCAAUAUUUCAGGCGAUGAGGAGGCUGAUGGAACAGGCGACGAUGAUGCCCUACAGGAGGUCUUCUCAGAGGUGGUUGGUGGAAAGAGGAAAGGCCAUGAGGACGGCGGACAAGAGCACCCAAAGAACAAGCGAGGCAGGCAGACGGGCAAAGACGAGGAGUACUACAUUCCCCACAGACCUAAAGACUUUAACUCCGAAAGAGGUUUAAGUCUGGGAGGAGAAGGCAGCGCGUUUGAAAAUCAAGCUUCCUCCGCUGUCCUGGACCUCAUGGGAGACGAGGGAGACAAACUAAACCAGCACAAGAAAAUCAUGAAAUGGGACCGAAAGAGGAAACGCUUUGUGACUGAAAUGGGGAAGGGCGACCAGAAGAAGAAGAUAAAACUGGAUGGCGGUCCAGUCAUCGGCAACAAGAAGAACAAAAAGAACUUUUACGAGGAGUGGAAGAAGAAGUACAAGAUUGAUGACGCAGAGUCGAACUCCGAUGGAGAAGGUGGAGGUGGAGGUGGAGGCGUGAGGAAGCCUGCAAGAGGCCGUGGUCGCCAGCGCCCCCAAGGUCCCAAAUCCCCGGGACCGCAGCGCACGUCCGGCGGCCGGAUUGUGCGAUCCGAGCUGAAGUCCAGCCAGCAAAUCCUGAAGGAGCGCAAGAAGCAACAGAAGCAACAGUUCCUGCAGAGCGGAGGCCUGAAGAACAUGCGCAGAAAGAACAAAAAAUGGGUCGGAGAUGUGAAGAAAUCUGGUUUUGGUCGCAGCGCACAUAAAAAGGGCAAGAUGAAGAAGAGAAUGUGAGGUGUGGACGGACAAUGAAAUACGAUAUUAAAUAUACGGAUCAUGGAUACAAAUGAA